AUUCAGCAGGAACUAUCAAGAUGGCGAAUAUGGACGUGUUAGCCAAAACAAUAGCGAAGGAUUAUGUGGAUGAUGUGGAGAGAUCUGACAGUGUGGAUGAAAAUGAAUAUGGACCUGGUGAAGAUGGAGCUAGAAAAGCUGAUAACAUGGAUAUUGCCAGGGUGGAAAGACACAAGAGAAGAAAACACAAACAUCGCAGCAAGCACAGAAAACAUAAAUAUCCCUCACCAGAUGAGAGGGACCACAAGCACAAGUACAAACACAAUCAUAAGCGGAAACACCGAGUUUCACUCCAGGAUGAUAGAGACUGUUCUGCUGGCUGUGAAGGUGCAGUCAUCUCUCCAAAGCGAUCCAGACUUGAUGACCUUGCUGCUCUGGAGGACCUGGAGAAACAAAGGGCCAUGAUUCAAGCAGAGCUUGAUAAUGAGCUGAUGGAAGGGGCUGUGCAAUCAGGUAUGGGACUGAUAUUACAGGGUUAUAACUCAGAUUCAGAGGAUGGGGAGAUCCAGCAAGCUGUGCAAAAUGGUGAGCAACAGAGACAAGGUUUUGAUGCUCGGGAACAUGCUGGAAGAUCUCGACAGGAUUACAUAGAUAAUGAAAAAAUUGAUCCCUGGUUGGAAGAUAGAAGCAUGUCUGACAAGAUGGCAGUCCGGGCCCAUAAAUCAGAAAAAAGAGUUAGUAAGACUGGGUUAGAAGUUAACAUCAGUGAGAAACCUAGUGGUCCCAUCCAAGCGAGGGAGCAGAGACGAUCCCGGAGCAUUGAGAGAUCCAAAGAUGGUGGUCAGAGGUCUAAAUCUCCUGUGAAGUCCAAGGACUUGCCAUCAAGCAACAUAAAAUCAACUACACGGCCUGAAGAGCAAAUUGAAGACCACAGAUCCUCAGAAAGAAGGAGCAGGUCUAGAUCUAAAGAAAGAAACACAAACUCGCCAGAAGCUGACAGGGAGAGAGACGAGAAAUCAGUGAAAGCACCCUCAAAAGAAGCCUCAUCUGGAAAAGAGAAUCGAUCUCCUAGCAGAAAACAACCUCCAGAACAACACAGCCUGUCUGUGCGACCCAGGGGCCACUGCUCACCUGAACACAUCCCCGUUGUCCAGAGUACAGACAGGGCAUCCAGACAGGACAGAUCUUCAUGUCACAACAGAUCCCCUCCAAGGAGAGGCCGAUCUCGGUCUGUUGAGAGAAGACAGAGAGAAGAAGAACGACAGAGACUCUCCAACGACAGGAUGCGAUCUCGUGAUGUGGCAGGGGGCCGUAGCGAGGGGAGUCCCUCUCUGAACUCCAGACGAAGGUUAAACCACUCGCCUGUCAGACGAAGGUCCCGUUCUCCCAGGAGACGAACUGGCAGGUCUCCUCUCAGACACAGUAGAAUCAUAUUGUGUAGAUCUAGGGAACGUGACAGGACAGAGCGCAGACAGCAGGUACACUCGGGAUCACAGGAAAGGCGGAAGAGAAGGAGCAGNNNAAGAGAGGACAUGUUUAAGGGCAGUCUGUCUGAAGGAAUGAAGCCUGAGCAGGAGGACUCGGAUGAUGAAGUGCUGGAGGAUUAUGACGUUGAUGAAGAGGACGAGGAGGCAUUGAUAGAACAGAGGAGACUUCAGCGCUUGGCUAUCGUGCAGAAGUAUAAGCCAGUAAAUGAGGACAGUAACAUGUCAGGACUCUCAGAACAUGGCAGUCCUCAGAGUAGCACUCACAGCCGAUCGCCAUCUCCCGAUGACAUCCUUGAGCGUGUGGCUGCUGAUGUCAAAGCCUACGAGCAAGAGAACCUGAACACAUUUGAGGAUAAUGUGAAAGCCAAGCAUAGUCUUGUCUCUCAAGAAAAAGAUGGUGCUAAUCUGAAAAAGCCACCAGCGCCAGAUAUGUUCACAGAGUCAGAUGACAUGUUCGCUGCUUACUUUGACAGUGCCAGGUUACGGGCCGCAGGCAUUGGCAAGGACUUCAAGGAGAACCCAAGUCUCAGAGAUAACUGGACAGAUGCAGAAGGCUAUUACCGUGUGAACAUUGGCGAGGUGUUGGACAAACGGUACGGGGUGUAUGGCUACACUGGUCAGGGUGUCUUCAGUAAUGUGAUCCGAGCCAGAGACUUGGCCCGAGCCAAUCAGGAAGUGGCAGUGAAAAUAAUACGCAACAAUGAGAUGAUGCAAAAGACUGGACUCAAAGAGCUGGAGUUACUGAAGAAACUGAAUGACGCCGAUGCAGAUGAUAAGUUCCACUGUUUGCGGCUCUUUAGGCACUUUUAUCACAAGCAGCAUCUGUGUCUGGUGUUCGAACCACUCAGCAUGAACCUACGGGAGGUGUUGAGGAAAUAUGGCAAGGACGUUGGGCUACACAUCAAGGCUGUGCGUUCGUACAGCCAGCAGCUUUUCCUGGCCCUCAAACUCCUCAAGCGCUGCAACAUCCUGCAUGCUGACAUCAAACCCGACAACAUUUUAGUGAACGAAUCCAAGACCAUCCUCAAGUUGUGCGACUUUGGCUCAGCAUCACAUGUGGCUGACAAUGACAUAACACCAUAUCUGGUCAGCCGGUUUUACAGGGCACCUGAGAUCAUCAUCGGAAAGUCGUAUGAUUACGGAAUCGAUAUGUGGUCUGUGGGCUGCACUCUCUAUGAACUAUACACAGGAAAAAUCCUUUUCCCUGGGAAGACAAAUAACCACAUGCUAAAACUUGCCAUGGACCUGAAAGGAAAACUGCCUAAUAAAAUGAUCAGGAAGGGUCUGUUCAAGGACCAGCACUUUGACCAAAACUUGAACUUUUUGUAUACAGAGGUCGAUAAGGUCACUGAGAGGGAAAAGAUCACGGUCAUGAGUACCAUUAACCCAGCUAAGGACCUGUCGAUGGACAUGGUGGGUCGCCAGGUGCUACCAGAGGACCAGCGAAAGAAGGUUGUUCAGCUCAAAGAUCUGUUGGACCAAAUUCUGAUGCUGGAUCCUGCCAAGCGGAUCACCAUCAAUCAGGCAUUACAGCAUCCUUUCAUCCAGGAGAGGAUAUGAUCAGCAGCGUACCUCAGAGAUUAAUGAUGGUUUUGUAUCUACAGAUAUGACUCAGACAACAAAAGAUGUUUGUAUAUUUUAUUGCCAUGCUAUUUUAUUUUAGUCUCUGAUUUGUAGUACGGAGAGCAGGACACAAUCAAGAUUUACUUUAUUUUAUUAUUAUUAGAUGACCUACAAGACAUCCUGUAAGCUGUAAAUCUUUCAGAAAACAAAAAAUCUUUCAAGAAAUUAUAUUGUUCGCAUUGCAUGCUUUAUACACAGCUUCUUGCUAAUAAUAAUUUCAAAUAUAUUUGAUAUUAUGCUCAAUGUUCAGAAUGUAAAAAUAUCCAUUUGUGUGCUAAGUUCACAGACCUUAUAUUUUAUGUAAGAUUCUAGAAUUUUAUGUAAACGAAAUAUUACUCAACCACCAAGGACU